AGGUGCCCGCGCAGUCGGUGACCUUCCCAGGUGAGCGGUGUCCGCCGAGGCCUGGGUGGUUGGUCCUGCGGAGAUGCUUCAAAGCUUAAUUAAAAAUGUCUGGGUCCCUAUGAAGCCGUACUAUACCCAAGUCUACCAGGAGAUCUGGAUAGGAAUGGGGUUGAUGAGCUUCAUUGUUUAUAAAAUCAGAAGUGCAGAUAAAAGAAGCAAAGCCUUAAAAGGUUCAAGUCCUACACCUGGUCACGGUCACCAUUAA